AUGUCUUUGUCGUUAGAAAAGACUUCUAGUGCGGAAGACGUUGUUUUGUUUUUAGAACGGAAUGGUUUUUCAGAUUUGGUGGACGAAUUUGUUGAUAACAAAAUUGACGGCGAAGACUUUUUUGCUUUCGAACUGAGAGACAUAAAACAGUUCAUUCCAACUUUUAAAACGCGAAAAAAGUUCAUAGCCUUGUGGACGUCGAUUACCGGCAUGGAAUUUGACUCCAAUGGUGCAAAAGUUGAUAGGAGCACAGCUUUUCCAGGGUAUUCCAGUGAGUCUAAUGCUACACCUGAGAAAGAAACUGGGUCUAUCUUCGACUCAGUUCAUUGUGACCAGCCAGUUGAGCCUGCAACGCUAAUACAAGCGAGUAAAGAGGUCACUGAAACCAGUCCAUGCAAUAAGACCACUUCAAAUUCCUCAAAAAGUUUGCUUUCCCCUCAUUCAUGGAUCAAGAAUUUCAAAAUUCCUUCCAGGUGGGAACCAAAUGUGGAAAAUGCACUGAAAGCUGGCCAGCUUACACCUGAACAGAAAAGUGCACUGAAUCGACAAUUGUGUAUGUCUAUUAUGGCACAGCAUUCAGGUCAAUUAACUGCAGCUGAGAGGAACCAAGUUGCUAUAAUGCUUAUUCAAAAAUACCCUUGUUUGAGUGGAUCCUUUGGAACUGGUCAUCAAUUCUGGGCAAAGAAAAUAAGGGAUAGACUUUUAAAUGUGGGGCGAAGGGAUGCUCGAGAGCAUAAAAGAAACGUUGAAGCUUCUGGAAAAGUUUAUGAGAAGAGAAAGCCAGGUCGAAAACGAAAGCUUUUGGAAUCGUCCGAGAUUCCACUGAUCCCAGCAGGUGAAACAGAGGAAACUGUCAAUGAGCAGCAUUCGCAGCUCAAAGCCUUUUGCAAGACUAACAAACAGGAUGUGAUGCUUGUUCGACAACUGAUGGAUGGCACGUUUCCUAAAAGGAGAAAAACUAUUCUGGAGGACAACGAGAGGGUAUGGAAAACUCUGAAGAAUUAUCCACCCUUGACCAGGGGAAAUGGCAGUGAGAUAAAAGCAGAAUUGGGAAGAAUUUUAAAGCGUGAACGCGUGGCCCAGGAAAUGAAGGAGGCUUUUUCAAUGAUUCGCCUCGGUUGUUGGCUGCUUUAA